CGCCGUACCUUUAAGAAACAAGAUCAUAUGACCGUUACCAUCAGGAUGUCAACAAACGUGAAAGGGAAUUUAGCUGAACUAAUGCCAUGAAUCUUAAUGCUUGUUCAAAAUUGAGCUUAAUCUUAAUUGUGACUACGAGUCACGUAUUUUUGGAAACAUAAGGAUGUCAUCCACUCAGGCUGGUCAGUCAAGGGUUGUACACAGACUUGCCACAUUACUGCGAAAUAAUGGUGACUCUGUACUGGAUGGUUCCAGCACGCUCACUCUGCAAGUGGGAUGCUUACAGCACCUGACACAACUCUUCGAGCGGCACCUUCUUUCACGCACACAUCAGCAUGGUUUUCUGGCUCUGCCUUCGCACCCAGCAGACACUGCCUCCCUGCUGGAAGUCCAAUUUCUAUUUGACAUGCUGCAGAAGACAGUAUCACUCAAGCUUGUUAAUCCACCUGGUGUGAAACUACAAUAUGUUGUGAAAAUAUUCCCUUUCAAGUCCCUCAAACACUUAGAGCUAAAGCGCAUUCCUCCUCAUUGUCUGGAGGGUCUUAGAGGAGUGUAUUCUCAGUUGGAAGUGUUUACUUGCUCAAAAGGUGUCAGCUCUCUAGAGGAGCUUCUUUCUUUGUGUGGAGGAGAUCUCAGUUCAGCUUUACCCUGGUUAGAACUUCAAACCCUUAAUUUCAGUUACAAUUCCAUUUCCUGUCUCGACGAGUCACUAAGUCUAUUAAACGUGCUGAAGUGGCUAGACUUAAGCCACAAUAAGAUAGAAGACUGUGCUGAAUUUUUAAAGCCACUUACUGAACUGGAACACCUGAAUUUAGCUUAUAAUAACCUCCAGAGAGCACCUGUGCUGGGCUUGAGUGCUCAAGCCAAACUCACCACCUUGAUCCUUAGAAACAAUGAGCUGGAAACAAUCAAUGGGGUGGAACAGUUGUCGUCACUUCAGUGUCUUGACCUGGCUUAUAACCUUCUUAUGGAACACUCUCAGCUGGCUCCUUUGUCUCUCCUUCAUAAUCUCAAUACACUCCAGCUGGAUGGCACCCCUCUGUCCCAGUCUGAUCUGCUGCUAAUACCUAAACCCGGACAGUUGGUUGGCCAGCUGUCCCAUACUUCUUUAGUUGCUAUGGCACAAGACCAAGAUGGGCAGGAUGUGUCCAGUGGUGGAGGGGACAUGACUGAUAGUCUGUCUGUUUCAGGAGCAACCCGAGUUCGAAAAAAGAAACAAAAAAACAAGGUGAAGGUGAGGAGAGCCAGUAUUUCAGAGCCCAGUGACACAGACCAUGAGAUCACAGUCGUGUCUGCUGUACAAGAUAUUGUUCUCCCUCAUAAGGAGGACAUUGAGAGAAUGGACAGUUUUCGAGAGCAGUUGGGAGAAGACUGGCUACGCUACCAGCAUCAUCUUCAUGAUACUCCAGUCAUCCCAUCUUUCCCAGAAGCAGACACUGUAGUGAACACCAACGGUCACUGCACACCACCGUCUCCCCUGCUUAAAACUCACACUCCUCCAACCAGUCUGGUGUUGCUCCCCCCUCCAUUGCUGUCCUCUGAAAUGAAAGAGGAAGAGGCGAAAGAAGAGAUGGAGAGUAGUGAUGUGCAGCCUGAGACCGAAUCCACCCUGCAGUGGUCAGGACACAGUCCCCUGAACACUGAAUCUACGAUUGAGACAAGUCUUGGAAACACUCAGGCUGCAACUGAUGCAUACUCUGACCCACAACCACCACCAGAGGAGGAUGAGGACGAUAGAGGAGUGGACCUAUGCAGGCCAAUGCUGGUGGGACUGCUGUCAGAGGAUCUGGAGACAGAUCAGAAAAGAGUCUCUGAACCACUCUUCCUACGAGUGCGGCAGGGCCACCUGCUGGAGGUGGAUAUGCACCAGGGGUGUGUUAAAACACGAGUGGAACUAGACAGUCUGCGAGAUGUGGUGACCACUGAGGCUCUCUGCACAGUGGAGAAGGUGAAUGAGACUCAACCAUCCGUGGAGCUCCAUUUUCGCUACAUUAGUCGUGAGAGGCGUAAACGUUGUUACAUAAUGCUGGAUGACAAGCCUCAGGAAUCGUUACAGGUAUUGGCAGAAGUUCUCUUAAGAGUUGUGGAAGAAAACAAGCAGCAGGUGGAUGAUGAGAGACCAGAGACCAUUUGGCUGCAGUGCCUGAAGUGUCAAGCUGAAUUCUGCCAGCCGGCCAAUGAGUCAGACAACAGCCUUAACCACCUGGAUGAGCAAGGAAAUAACAAGUGCACUGUCAUCUGCUCAGAGUGCAAUAGCGAUCAUGUGGUUCAGUUAGCUGCCCAAUCAACUCCUUCCACCAGUACACCAUUUGAACAAAAUGGUGAGAGAUACUUUACUUUUGAUGACCGGGAUAAUGCUGACCAUCUCCAGCACAGCGAGGUCCAGAAUGAAGCUGAGCAGAGAACCUCUCCACUAAUCAACUUCAGCAUAACUGAUGGAGAAGCGCAAAGUGACUCAGAGGGAAUGAAGGAGAACUUGGCUGACAAAUCCUGCUGCAACAGCUAUGAAAAGCAGGCACUGCUGUCACCAAAGUAUACCGGAGGACCAAACACUGCUCAGUUUGACCUGCUUUCAGAAGCUGUGGAUCAUCGGCUUCAACUAUUCCUGGAUGUGGAAGUGUUUGGGGGAGAAGAGGAGCUUCGCUGCUUUUUAAAGAUGUCAAUUGUGAAGUUUGGAGAUGCAGUGGAGUUCCAUUCCCUCAUGGUUGUGUCAGACCAAUACAUCUACAUCUUAGAAAUCACCUCACAGUCUGAAGGGCAACCUUCAGACUGGCUGCGGAAAAGAGAAAGUCAUCAGUUGUGUGAGCUCAGCUAUCUGGAGGUGGGUUUGGGUUCUCAGACUAUACACCUGGAGUUUGGCGAAGGGGAAGCAGCGUACACAUUACUUGUGCGAAACAGCGCCCGCUGCAAAUGGUUUUUCAGCAAGCUUACAGAAGUUGCAAGGGAAUUGGCCCCCAAGUCUGACAGCAAGCUGAAGGGAAUCUCCACCACUCGACUCAACCCACAGCACCACCUCUGGCGCCUAGUCUGUGAAGACAGCCUUCCAUGUGAUGAAGAAAGCCACCCUCCUUUCCGCUACCUCUUAGCAUUCCUUCAACAAGAUGAAUCUUUGGACUCUGUGAGUGUACUUGCUACCAAAGAAAUGCUGUUUCUCCUUGAUGAAGACCACCAAUGGAGCAAGAGCCAACCUGGAGGCCAGAUAAGCAGUGGGACAGUGACCAUACAGGAAACUCAGCCAAUCAGUUGUUUGGCCAAGGAAGAAAAGACAUGGUCUUUAAAUGCUGAAGAUGAAGAGCUCGUACAAGACCUGGUUGGUUGGAUAACAAAUCAGUGGGAAACUAUGUUUGGCGUCAAACUGGCUACAAUCAAGCGGUAA